ACGCCGGUGACGUAGGCGCGUCGGGGCACGCCGGCGCGCGUCCCAGGGUGCCUCGCGGCGCAACAUGGCGGCGCUGGUGGCGGCGGGGGCGCUGGGCCGGCGGCUGGCGGGGCUCGGCCGGGCGGGGGGGCGGCGGCUGGUGCAGUCCCCCCUCCCCCAGAGCCGCCCGGGGGCUCCCCCCGUCCCCGAGAGCCCCCCCGAGCCCCCUCCCGAGACCCCCCCGGAGCCCGGCUACCCCGGCGUCGUGGAGUCCACGGCCGAAUACGCCUUCGUGGAGCGCCUGCUGCCCCCCACCCGCGUCCCCGACCCCCCCCGGCACCCCUCCUACCCCACGCCCUCGGGCUGGACCCCCCCGCAAGACCCGCCGCCCGCCCUGCCCUACUUCGUGCGCCGCUCCCGCCUGCACAACGUCCCCGUCUACCGCGACGUCACCAACGGCAACCGCGAGCUGACGGUGGUGCGGAAAAUCGAGGGGGAUAUUUGGGCGCUGGAGGGGGAGCUCAGGGCCUUCCUGGCCCAGCGCGCGGGCCGGGAGCCGCGGACGCAAGUCAACGAACUCACCGGCACCCUGCGCGUCAAGGGCCGCUUCGACGGCGAGGUCAGAGCCUGGCUGCUGCAGAAGGGCUUUUAAAGGGAUUAAAGCCGCCGCCAGGGCUUCUCCUA